AUGCUGAGGCGGGCCGCGAGUCGCCUCUCGCGCGGCGCGGUGUCGUCGCCAUGGCCGUCCGCUGUGCAGGCGCGAGGCCUCAUGGCGUACGUGCCCUCCCCGGGGGACGGCGCGGCCAAGAAGGUGACGCUGAUUCCGGGAGACGGCGUGGGGCCGGAGCUGUGCGACAAGGCGGUGGUGCCGCUGAUCGAGGCACUGGGCGCGCCGAUCGAGUGGGAGAGGUUUGACGACAUAUCAGGGGCCAACGAACAUGGGGAGCCACAUGAGGAAGUCCCAGCGCAUGUGGUGGAGUCGAUCCGAAGGAACCAUGUUUGCCUGAAAGGCGUCCUUUACACACCUCUGAGCAAGACAAACACCAGUACACAGUCGUUGAAUGUCCAGUUGAGAAAACAACUAGAUCUGUCGGUGAACCUCAUCCAUGGGUUUUCAAUCCCUGGAAUCAAGACUCGUUUCGACGACAUCGACAUUGUUGUGAUCAGGGAGAACACAGAGGGAGAGUACAGUGGCCUCGAGCACGAGGUCGUCCCAGGAGUUGUGGAGAGCUUGAAGGUCAUAACAGAAAAGAAGUCUUUGCGAACCGCUGAGUACGCCUUUGAAUUCGCCUUCCUGAACAGCAGAAAAAGCGUCACGGCGGUUCACAAGGCCAACAUUAUGAAAGUGGGCGACGGCGAAUUUCUAAAGGCGUGCAGGACUGUGGCCGAACGCUAUCCCAGCAUCAACUACAAUGAAAUGAUAGUGGACAACACGUGCAUGCAGUUGGUCAGCAGGCCCCACCAGUUCGACGUCAUGGUGACCCCCAACUUGUACGGCAACCUGGUGUGCAACAUUGUGGCGGGCCUAUGCGGGGGCGUGGGGCUGUGCCCCGGAAGCAACAUAGGCGACGGGGUGGCCGUCUUCGAGCAGGGCGCGCGGCACGUCGCAAAGGACUUAACGGGGAGCGGCAUGGGGAACCCGACGGCGUUGCUGCUGAGCGCCGUCAUGAUGCUGCGGCAUGUAAAGCUGUACAACUUCUCUGACAAGCUAGAAGAGGCAAUCAUGCAAGUGUACGAGGAUGCAGACAUGACCAAAUUGCCUCGGGACGUGGGAGGCACGGCCAACACAGAAACCUUCACAAAUGCUGUCGCCUCGAAGCUCAGCUGA